AUGGGACCCGUCUUCCAAGAAGUCGUGAAUGUGAAGGAGCGGCUGGGCAGCUGGAUUCGAUGCCAGCAUGGCUGGCUGCCUUUGGCCAUAGGUGGGCAGCCGGUCUUCGAGCUCUUCGCCGAAGUGCAGCAGAGACCUGUCCAGGAAGUGGCGACAGAAGGAACCUCUUGGGGUCAUCAGUUCUGGUUGCCACGUGUACAAGGAGGACUCGCCGACACUUGGACAUGGUUUCUGGUGCGCACGUCCUGCAGGUGGACCUUCAGCUUUGCCACCAGCUCUCCCAGGCUCGCCUUAAGCCUGGCAGCCAUGUCUGGCAUCUCGCUUUGGGUGGCCAUGUCUGUCGCAAGGAUGUUGUUUCGUGGCUGGUGGUGGUCGCUGCCAUCUUUCCGACUUUGA